AUAAAGAGGAUGAAAGGAGAUAAGCAACCUUUGGUGGUAGAAACAUUUUGUCGAGCAGAUUGCAGCCCAGACAACAAUGAUGAAAACCCCCGUGACUACCACCACAAUCGCAAGAAACCCUUUUUCAAUCCCCAAUUCAUUAUUUUCCCGGCAAACAUUUCACAUAAUCCCUUCAAUAAAUCUCCCACUGGUGGCGGCAGUGAAAUGCAGCAAAAAUGAAAAUCCAGGAAUCGGAAACGAAAAUGGAAAUGGAAAUGGGGGAAGUUUGAAGAAUAUAUUGUCGGGUAUGGUGAAUGAGAGUGUAAUCGAUGAACUUCUGAAUAAAGAGGAGAACCGGGUUUUGCUUGAUGGUCUGGAGCAAGCCUCGCGAAGAGUUGAAAUCGCCAAGAGAAAUCUUGCUGAAAUUGAAAAGCAAGAAAUUGAGGCCAAAAUCAUGAGGGAUUACAUUAAUCAGCUCGAAUCAAAAGCCUCCGAGAUUGAAGAAUGCCAGAAAGAAAUAUCGGAAGCGAGAGCUAUGGUGGAAGAAGCAGAGCGAUCUUUGACAGUGACGGACUCUUCUUCUUCCUCUUCGGAGAGAUUCCAAUCUGUUAAAGCUGCUUCAGUAUCUGCUGUAAUCGGCACGCUUGUACAAAUUCCAAUCUCGUUAACACGUGUCACCACCUUUUCACAAUUGAUACUUCCUCUCUCUAUAACCUUCGUAACUUGUGCAUUAUUUGGAGUAACUUUCCGUUACGCAAUCAGAAGAGACUUGGAUAAUUUUCAGCUUAAAUCAGGAACAUCUGCAGCUUUUGCCUUUGUUAAAGGCUUAGGAAUGCUCGGAGCUGGAACGGCAUUGGAGUUGAACGCAGAGAGCAUUAUAUCACAUGCUUUUGAUGGAUCGAUUUAUGUUUCGGAAAGUCUAUUGAUUUUUCUAUUUGCUGGGGUUGGUCUUGAUUUGUGCAUUAAGUUGGGUAUUCUGUAUCCAUUUCCUAUCGAUCCAUCCAUCACUUCCUCCAAGGACAUAACGACUAGCUAGUAGUCAACAUACAUGUAAGUAAAUCUUGUUGGAUAGUUUCUACAUCAAAACUAACCUUCAUCAGAUUUGUAUGCAGUUAGUUAUCUUGAUCAAGAUUAAUUAUUGAAUACUUGAUAUGAUUUUGCUCGAAUGA